AUGGGGGUCGCGGGCCGCGGUCGGCCUCGGGCGACCCGAGCGCUGCUGUUGCUGCUUCUGCCGCUGCCGCCGCUGCUGGCCGCCGCCGUCCCUCCCGGCCCGGGCCGCGCCAACCGGCCGCUGGAGGAUGUGGAUGAGUGUGCCCAAGGGCUAGAUGACUGUCAUGCUGAUGCGCUGUGUCAGAACACACCCACCUCCUACAAGUGCUCUUGUAAGCCUGGCUACAAAGGGGAGGGCAGGCAGUGUGAUGAUAUGGAUGAAUGUGACAAUGAGCUCAAUGGAGGCUGUGUACAUGACUGUUUAAAUAUUCCAGGCAACUAUCGCUGCACCUGUUUCGAUGGCUUCAUGUUGGCUCAUGACGGUCAUAAUUGUCUUGAUGUGGACGAAUGUAUGGAGAACAAUGGUGGCUGCCAACACACCUGCAUCAACAUCAUGGGAAGCUAUGAGUGCCGCUGCAAAGAAGGCUUCUUCUUGAGUGACAAUCAGCACACUUGCAUUCACCGCUCAGAAGAGGGCCUGAGCUGCAUGAACAAGGACCAUGGCUGUAGUCACAUCUGCAAAGAGGCCCCGAGGGGCAGAAUUGCCUGUGAAUGCAGACCUGGCUUUGAGUUGGCUAAGAACCAGAGAGACUGCAUCUUGACUUGUAACCAUGGAAACGGUGGGUGUCAGCACUCCUGUGAAGAUACAGUUGAAGGCCCUGAAUGUAGCUGCCAUCCACGGUAUAGGUUGCAUGCUGAUGGGAGGAGCUGUGUUGAGCAAGAGGGAACCAUCCUGGAGGGGACAGAGAGCAAUGCCACCUCAGUGGCAGAUGGAGAUAAAAGGGUGAAACGGCGGCUGCUCAUGGAAACAUGUGCUGUCAACAAUGGAGGCUGUGAUCGAACCUGUAAGGACACAUCAACAGGUGUUCACUGCAGUUGUCCUAUUGGGUUCACUCUCCAGUUGGAUGGGAAGACAUGCAAAGAUAUCGAUGAGUGCCAGACCCGGAAUGGAGGUUGCAAUCAUUUCUGCAAAAACACCGUGGGCAGUUUUGACUGCAGCUGCAAAAAAGGAUUUAAAUUAUUAACAGAUGAGAAGUCUUGCCAAGAUGUGGAUGAAUGCUCUUUGGAAAGGACCUGUGAUCACAGCUGCAUCAAUCAUCCUGGCACUUUUGUUUGUGCCUGCAACAGAGGGUACACACUCUAUAGCUUCACGCACUGUGGAGACACCAAUGAGUGCUGUGUCGAUAAUGGAGGCUGCCAGCAAGUUUGCAUCAACACAGUGGGUGGCUACGAGUGCCAGUGUCACCCAGGGUACAAGCUCCACUGGAAUGAAAAGGACUGUGUGGAAGUGAAGGGCUUCCUGCCCACUAGCAUGGCACCCAGUGUGUCCCUGCACUGUGGUAAGAGUGGUGGAGGAGACAGGUGCUUCCUAAGAUGUCACUCUGGCAUUCACCUCUCCUCAGGACUGCAAGAGGCCUACUCUGUCAGCUGCGGCUCUUCCUCUUCUCUCAGAAGCAGACAGCAAAAAUCAAAUGACUCUGAUUUUGGGGAUGUCGUCAUCAUCAGGACAAGUGUAACCUUUAAGCUAAAUGAAGGCAAGUGUAGUUUGCAAAAGGCCAAGCUGUCUCCCGAGGGCCUGCGACCAGCACUACCAGAGAGGCACAGCUCAGUAAAAGAGAGCUUCCAGUAUGCAAACCUUACUUGCAGCUCUGGCAAGCAAGUCCCAGGAGCCCCCAAGGAAAUGUUUAUCACGGUUGAGUUUGAACGAGAAACUUACAAAAAGGAGGUGACAGCUUCCUGCAAUCUGAGCUGCAUGGUAAAGCGGACCGAGAAGAGGCUACGGAAAGCCACCCGCACACUCAAGAAGGCUGCCCACAGAGAACAGUUUUACUUGCAGCUCUCAGGCAUGGACGUCAGUAUGGCUAAAAAGUCCCCCAGAGCAUCCAAACAGCGGGAGGAGACCUGUGGAGUGGGUCAGGGCCAAGAAGAAAACCAGUGUGUCAGUUGCAGAGCUGGGACGUAUUAUGAUGGAUCACAAGAACGCUGCAUUUUAUGUCCAAAUGGAACCUUCCAAAAUGAGGAAGGACAAGUCACUUGUGAACCAUGCCCGAGACCAGAAAAUCUUGGGGCUCUAAAAAUCUCAGAAGCCUGGAAUGUAUCUGAAUGUGGAGGCCUGUGUCAACCGGGUGAAUAUUCGGCAGAUGGAUUUGCCCCUUGCCAGCUCUGUGCCCUGGGCACUUUUCAGCCUGAUGUGGGCCGGACGUCAUGCCUCCCAUGUGGAGGAGGUCUUCCUACGAAACAUCUGGGAGCGACUUCCUUCCAGGAUUGUGAAACCAGAGUUCAAUGUUCGCCUGGGCAUUUCUACAACACCACCACACACCGAUGUAUUCGCUGUCCACUGGGGACGUACCAGCCUGAAUUUGGAAAAAAUAACUGUGCUUCCUGCCCGGGCAAUACUACCACUGACUUUGAUGGCUCUACCAAUAUAACACAGUGUAAAAACACAAAGUGUGGAGGGGAGCUGGGGGAUUUCACAGGGUAUAUUGAGUCCCCAAACUACCCUGGGAACUACCCCGCCAACUCGGAGUGCACCUGGACCAUCAACCCACCCCCUAAACGUCGUAUCCUGAUUGUGGUCCCCGAGAUCUUCCUGCCCAUAGAAGAUGACUGUGGUGACUACCUGGUGAUGCGGAAAACUUCUUCAUCAAAUUCUGUGACCACAUAUGAAACCUGCCAGACCUACGAACGCCCCAUCGCCUUCACCUCCAGGUCAAAGAAGCUGUGGAUUCAGUUCAAGUCCAAUGAAGGGAACAGUGCCCGAGGAUUUCAGGUCCCCUAUGUGACAUACGAUGAAGACUACCAGGAACUCAUUGAAGACAUAGUUCGAGAUGGCAGACUCUAUGCAUCUGAGAACCACCAGGAAAUACUGAAGGAUAAGAAACUGAUCAAGGCUCUGUUUGAUGUCCUGGCACACCCCCAGAACUAUUUCAAGUACACAGCCCAGGAGUCCCGAGAGAUGUUUCCAAGAUCUUUCAUCCGAUUGCUACGUUCCAAAGUGUCAAGGUUUCUGAGGCCUUACAAGUGACUCUUCCCGCGUGCCACUCAGAGCAGUGUCCUACUGUGGACUCCGUGGGCUGCAGCCCAGCAUGCCAUUGGGCUGUCAUCAUGCCCACUCUCGACUCCGCACUGUUGAGGUUUUAUAGACAAUACAGAUAGGUUGGUAAACUGAACUUGGGUUUUCUUCUCCAGCUUCAGCUGUGGACUACAUACAGCUUUGAGCAGCACCAGCUUCUCAUUGUGCGGGGGUGUGUCCUGGAUGUGUCGAGGGCCAGCUCUACUGGCCUCCCUCUGGGCUCUCACUCCUCCAAUGGUCUGUAGUGGAAAGGAGGCCACAGAGGGGCCACUCAGGCGGCAGCUCCACUCCCUCAAGACCAGUCCUCUCCCAGGGAGCAUCUGUUCUCAUGCACAGGUGACCAGGCCGCCAAACAGGCAAGCAGGAGGGGAAGCAAGCACUCCAGGAGCCACCCAGGCCAUCUGAGUCAUGGGAGGGUUCCCAUCCUCUCAGCCUCUAAAUGUGUGCGUUCUGAGCAGUGGUGAUUAAAAAAAAAGACUAGAAUGAACGAGAAGUAACAAGGCAAGUGUAGCCCCUCUUGGGCCGUCAGUAGUGUGCAUGCACACAUAGCAAAGGCGGAGGCUGGUUGCAGCAGUGUCCCCCGUGUCUUCAGUCAAACUGAGCACUGCUGGAGCUUGGAGAACUCUCGGAUGCGAGCCUGAUGGAAAGGAGACUUCACCAGCCCAAAGUCAGUGCUGCCGGACUGCCCCCGGUGCCAGGAGUGACUGGCACAAGUGCCUUCCUUUUUCAGUCUCCCAGAGUGAAGCAGUCUGAGAUGAAGUGGCAUCGUCCAGGGCACUGUCAUCCUCUGAUGGUGAGCCACACACCUGUUCACGGGCCACAGUUGAGUCACUUUGGUCUGCAUAGUGGGACUGCAUAGUGAUCCCCUCCCAAAUAAACUUUACUUUUCAAUAUAAUUGGGUUUUUAAACACUUUAACCCUUACCUCCAGCAGGCAAAAAUCUCACUACAGUGGAUGAAGAAAAGAUCCUAUGGGCCAGAGAUGUGCAAGGCCCUGGGCUUGGCCCUCGAUACCAUUUCCCCCCCACAGAAGAAACCUGUCAAUCUGGCUUCCCUCUCCCUAAUGGACAUACUGAUUACAUAUAGCCAUAGAGUUUUGUUCUUUCUGUGGCAAUUAUAGCACAUAAUUCUGUAUACCAAAGUACUGAAAUGUUUAAUAAGGAUUUUUAAAAGAAAACGGAAUAUUUCAAUAUUAUUAGACCUGUCUUUCCACCUCAAUGUUGUUUUUAAUCUAUUAAUAACAUUUUUAUUUUGAGACAGUGUCUCACUAUAUAGUGUCUCACUACAUAGCCCUGACUAACCUGUGAUCUGUAUGUAGACCAGGCUGGCCUCAAACUCACAGAGCUCCACCUGCCUCUGUCUCCCAAAUGCUGGGAUUGAAGGUGUGCACCACCAUUUCUGGAGACAUUGACAUUUAUAGGCCCUCAUGAACUUUUAAUUUUUAUUUGGAUGAAAUUUCUCUUCAAGAAUUUGUGCAUCUUGCUAGGCACAGUGGCACCUGCAAUCCCAGAACUCAGGAAGUACAAACAGGAGGUCACCCUCAGCAACAUAGGGAGUUUGAGGCCAGUCUAGAUUACAAGAAACCUUUUCUCAAAAAAAUGCUUUUGAGCAUAUUCAAUUAAAAAUCAUCAAGGGGCUAGAGAGAUGGCUCAUCAGUUAAGAGCACUUGCUGCUUGCAGAGGCCCCAGGUUCAGCUCCUAGCACCCACUCUAGGCAACUUACAUCUACCUAUACAUUUACAUUUACAUUUCCAGGUAAUCUGCCACCCUCUUCUGGCCUCUUUGGGCACUGCAUGCACGUGGUGCCCAUAUACCCAAGCACAUACCUAUGCAAUUUAAAAGUAAUAAAUCUUGUUUUUAAUGUUUAAAAAUUA